AUGGAGACCAACUAUAGAUCGUACCAGCAGGUACUCAACAUUUCUGUCAAACCAACAACUACAACACCAUGUUUGUCACAGAAGAAAGCUUCACUGCUGAUACUCGCAACUACUAGCAGGAGGCAGAACCAGAACAAGAUUACGAAAGCGAAAAAGUCAACUGCCAACGGGUCAGGUGUAAAGGAUCACACAAACGAUAGCACUGCUCCAAUCAAGAGGAGGACAAAGACUGGAUGUUUUACAUGUCGCAAGAGAAAGAAAAAGUGUGAUGAGGAUAAAGUCAAUGGUAAAUGUCAAGCUUGUACGAGAAACUUUUUAGAAUGCUGUUGGCCAGAAACUAACAUUAAUUCCACAAUCAAGAGCCAAGCAUCUUCAAUGGAGAAGCAAAGUUCUUCUACAAGUGAAUUGGCCGAAGGUCCAAAAACGCCCGAGUUGAAGAUGGUGAAACCUUGUACACAACUGAGUCAAGUUUCGCAGCAUACUCUGCCAGUUUCGUACAAGAAAUGUGAUAUCAAGUCAUUAUUGACAUCGCCGCCCGCAUCGCCAGAAAUCAAACCUACAGUAGUGUACAAUCCAUACCCCAGUCCCAAACAAUCACCUAAUUUCAAAGAAGCUAAACUUCAAAGUCCCUUGGCAAGUACAGAGAAUAUUUGUGGUUUGGUGACAUUACCACCUUUGUUGCUCAAUCUGAAUUAUAGAUUGAAUACAACUUCACCACCACUCGCAGUACCAUCAUCAUCAUCUUUGACUUCUUCAUCCCCUUCCUCCUCAUCAUCAUCAAUAACAGCAACAAGAAUAAAUGAAAGUAAUGUAAGAGGGAUGCCUCGCCAAGUACCAGUAGCUACCAAAGAAACUGUUAGCCCAAUUAUGAACGACAAAAGUGUUUCAUUAGAGCGAAAAGAAAAGAAUGUUACAUUUGGAUCGAAGUUUAUAAUCACCAGUUUUAAUGCUGAUAAAAGCUUGUGCGAGAUUAAGAAUUAG